AUGGCCAAAAAGGAAGCUUCAGCAAUCAAGAAAGCCCAAGCUGCUGCUGCUGCUGCCGCCGCAAAAUCUAGUCCUGGCAACCACAACACAUCGACAUCGACAUCCACAUCCACAUCCACUCCUGUUUCAGACUCAAUCCUCUUGCAACCUAAAUCGGUGACCACCACAUUUGCCGAACUUCAAUCAGCAAUAAACACAACGACAAGGGACUAUUUCAACCACGUAACUCCCAAAUUGAAACUAAUUGACUUGUUUCUUGUGUUUUUGGUGUCUUUGGGCAUUUUACAAUUUGUGUAUGUGCUCUUGAUUGGUAAUUUCCCAUUCAAUGCAUUUCUUGGUGGAUUCGCCAUUUGUGUUGGCCAAUUUGUGUUGUUGGUGAGUUUAAGAUUACAAAUCAAUGAUCAGGGGUCUAGUGGUGGUGCAAGUGGUAAAAACAGAAAAAGCAAAGGUAAUAAAAAGAGCAACGCAAAGAGUGAUCAAGUAGAGGACAUUAUUGAUGUUGAUAUUGUUGACAAUGACAACGAUGACGAAGACAUCUUUGUUGUGGAUAAUGGAGCUGAUGUUGUUGAUGGCGGUGGUAACAGGUUUAAAAGGGUGUUUACUGGUAUUUCACCGGAAAGAUCAUUUGCCGAUUUCAUCUUUGCCAGCUUGAUCUUACACUUUAUUGUUAUUCACUUCAUCAAUUAG